UUUUGGUACACAAUAAUUACAUACAUUUCCAUUGAAACGCUGCGUUUGCCUUGCAGCAUUGCGUUUCAGAGGCAGUUGCAGGGCAUUCUGUAUGGUGCAUACGAUGGAUUUAUCGAACGUAUGCGUCAAACUGUAUGCGUAGACGGCUUGACAGAAAUAGUAGCAGAAGGUGAAUGUUGAACUUUUGUGGCAUACAUAUCCAGAGGAUGCUGCGUACUAUUUUGCGUAAGCCCUGUCCGUGUGUUCGAAGCGUAAACAGCGUAGCGCCAAGUAGCCUGUAGUCCAGUCGGGAUACUGGUGUGUGAAGUCUGAACUGAUGUCUGCCUUAUUCUGCCGUCUGCUGAUCUCGUGCAACAUGUAACAGUUUUCUGUUUCUGCUUCAUGAUACAGUUAUAUCCUCAGUGACAACAAUAAUGUUGAGCGAACAGUUUAGAUAAUAAGACAACUUUCAUUGCACUUUUGAUUUUUUUGGCAAUCAAUCUGCGCAUCUUUCCCUGAUCGUUUCAGACAGUCCUGUUCGUGGGUCGUGGCAGGUAUCCGCAUGCGUCGUCCUCAAGCAAUUGAUGCCGUGAGCUGUUCUCAGAUUUUUAAACAGGCUUACCUUUUAUAUUUUAUCUGGACAUGUUAUUUCUCUCAAAGGCCCGCGGCAUUUGAAGGUUGGGCUCCUGUUGAGGGUGGUCAGAGAUAGAUUCACACCACUAGGUGUAGUACCGAGAAGAGUGGCCAAGUUCCAAUACACGGACUGGUGUAUCUAGGUAGGGUGGUCCAGCCCAGGCUCCAGGCUAUGUCUCCCUGGCUGUGGGAGAGCUAUUCCAUGCUGAGUUGAAAGGGACCUGCUUGGCUGGGGAAUACGGGAACAGACAUGGGGCUGGGACAGUCCAACAAGGCUCCUGUCACCGAUGACACAGAGGAGAUUCAUUUCGAUCACUUCCAAAUCUUAAGGGCUAUCGGGAAAGGAAGUUUCGGGAAGGUGUGCAUUGUGCAGAAAAAGGACACAAAGAAAAUGUACGCCAUGAAGUACAUGAACAAACUGAAGUGUGUGGAACGGAACGAGGUCCGCAAUGUCUUCAAGGAGAUGCAGAUCAUGCGGAACCUCGAGCAUCCCUUCCUUGUCAACUUCUGGUACUCAUUCCAAGACGAGGAGGACAUGUUCAUGGUAGUGGACCUGUUGCUGGGAGGAGACCUACGCUAUCACCUCCAGCAGAAUGUUCACUUCUCAGAGAACACUGUCAAGCUGUACAUCUGUGAGAUCGCCCUGGCGCUGGGCUACCUCCGCAGCAAACGCAUCAUCCACAGAGACAUCAAACCUGACAACAUUCUGCUGGACGAACACGGACAUUGUCACCUGACAGACUUCAACAUCGCUGCCAUCGUCAAAGACGAUCUAAGAGCCACAUCUAUCGCAGGGACAAAGCCCUACAUGGCCCCGGAGCUGUUUCAGCCACACGAGGGGACACACCCUGGCUACUCCUUCUCUGUGGACUGGUGGUCUCUGGGUGUCACUGCCUACGAGCUGCUGCGAGGACAGAGGCCGUACAUCAUGCGCUCCAGCAUGCCGGCCAAUGAGAUCCUCCAGAUGUUCCACAAGGUCAACCCCAGCUACCCCAUGGCCUGGUCUCUGGAGAUCAAGUCUCUGCUCAGAAAGUUGCUGUGUAUUGACGUGCACCAGCGAGUGUCCUGCCUGGCUGAGCUACAGGAAUUGGACCUGCUGUCUGACGUCAACUGGGACGCGGUGCUCAACAAACAGCUUCCCCCCGGCUUCAUCCCCAAUAGGCGGAGGCUCAACUGCGACCCCACCUUUGAGCUGGAGGAGAUGAUUCUGGAGUCUAAACCGCUGCACAAGAAGAAGAAGAGACUAGCCAGGAAGACCAGAGAGCAGGGUUCUGAUGGGUCCCCCCAGAACGGUCAGCUCCAACAGCGCCUGGACAAUGUGGAGAGGGACUUCCUCAUCUUCAACAGAGAAAGGUCAAAGAAGGCUGUGGUGGGAACAGAAGCAACAGGCCUCACCACGACAGAGAAGAACAAGGCUAUUGAAGAUGGACAGAACAACAACGUGGACCCGGUAGCCGACAUAUCAGGAUAGUGGACUUCUGCUUUAGCCCCAAGUCGCUACGCGUACCUGGCCGCAGCUUGUAGAUCAACACUACCCAAUCCCCUACUCUCCCUCUGCCGCCGGCCGUGUAGGCACUCAGAUUGACCUUUAACCCUGACACAUUCCCCAACAGCCGGCCACUAUGCCCAGACUGCUGGAGGUCACAUAGAUUACUACUUUACAGAGUGAGUGGCACCUGACCUAGAGCAGACAGACAGACCUUGGCUCUUUCUUCUUUUCCUCGCUCAGGGAUGUGGCCUCUCAGUGGGCACCCCUUCUUACACUGCCCAACCCUGACUUGGUCUGACUUGGCCUGAUGCGUCAUGAUCCCCUGGAGCUCCCCUCCCUCCACCAAGUCAGCCACGCCCAGAAAAUGAUUUGCCUGCCAACCCAGCAGGAAGCAGAGACAGACAGGAUACAGCCACCAUGCCUGCUAAACUGAGACUAGGCUCAGGCCAGGAAGAAAAUUAAGCCUGAUGUUGACAAAUAGGAUACUAUGUCUGCAGUACAUGAAAACAGAGAAAGCCGGUGUGAGUUGUCUCACAAAAAAUGAAUUAAAAUUAGAGAUGAGAUAUGCGGCCUUUGUUUUAAAGACACCAACCACAGAUUCCUCUUGGAAGACAAAGGGAACCACUGACUUCAGCAGAGACAGAGUUUACUUAAUGAGUCUCUGUGAUGAUGUUAGGCAUCACUUGUGACACUCAAGCAAACCAAGAUGAUGGGUACUUGACAUGGACAUUUGGGAUAUAAAUAUUUAUAGAUACAUAGAUAUUUAUUGUCUGUUUCGCACAGAAGAUAGCUUUGCACACGCUUCUCCAUCAAUUGUAGAGGUCAAAGUGUAGUGUAUGAAUUCUCAUUCUCUUCUGUUUAAUAUAGGGGUGCCGUAUAGCUACUAUAUGGUACCUGAUUGGUUUCCCCAUGCAGACAAUGAUAAUCAUAUAUGUAGUCUAAUUGAAGUCACCAUCCUGUUGUUCAAUAUGUGCUUGGAAAAUAGCUUUGCCAGUCUUUUGACCCUUUCUGCAAUACAAUUACAUAUUAUCCAAGGCUUUACCUGGUUAUCAGCUCUACUAUUGGCACCUUUAUAACAACCACUAUUGGUACAGAUAUUCUAAUUGUUGUAGGUUUUGAUAAAUAUAUGUCAUUCAAGGGCCCAAUGUAAGCAGAGUUGUAAAAUGAGUACUCUAUUUUGUUUUUCAUUUGUUGUCACUGUGUGGACUAUUACCUGUAAAUGUGGUCAUGCAGCGAUUAUAAAAGGUGUGCCUUAAUGUCAUAUUUUUCUUUGGGACCCUAACCUUAUUAAUUUCUUAAAUACACACAAUGAGCAGUUAGGUAACAUCUGGGAAUUCAAAAGGAAAAGUUCACCAGUGUUUUUUUUGCUAUUGAAAAGUAACACAGUAAUAAAGUACUUUAGGGGUUACCUAACUAACUGUUCGUUUGUUUGUUUGUUUCUGUUUUAAUAAAUAGCCAGAUAAGAA